UUAGUGUCUUCAGUGUCCGACAUUGAGACAAAAAGAAUCCCAAUAAACAUUAGACAGUAUCAUAAUCCCAGUGUUGUAAUUGGAUGCAGGCUUAUGUCCAACACACUGGUGUUAAUCUCUUGUCUCUUGUCGAGUGUUGGUCAGCAGGACACAGGGAUUAUACACACACACACACACACCUGACUGCAGACAAUACACACACUUCAAAAAGCAGCAGCAGCAGUCAUGGUGGACGCCGCGGCAGCCGAGCAGUUCCUGGACGCCAACCCGCAGUUCGCCAAGCAGUACUACGACGCCAACUUCCGCCCGAAGGUCAUCUCAGACCUGCUGAGCAGCGGCCGCAAGACGGCGGUGGACGUCAGCAAGUUCCACGACCUGACGACGGUGGAGGAGAGCGAGGUCCUCUUCGACCUGGUGAGGGACAUCCAGGACAACCUGCAGAUGGAGAAGUCGGUCUUCAACCUCAUGAAGCACCUGGGCUUCAUCAUGAGGGCCGACCGCAUGAGCCUCUUCAUGUACCGGCAGAGGAACGGCGUGGCCGAGCUGGCGACGAGGUUAUUUAAUGUCAGCAAAGACUCGUCGCUGGACGACUGUCUGGUUCAACCCGACAGUGAGAUCGUUUACCCUCUGGACAUGGGCAUCGUGGGCCACGUGGCCUCCACCAAGAAGAUGCUCAACGUCCCAGAUGUGUCUGAGAGUCCCUACUACAGUGACUUUGUGGACGAGCUGACCGACUUUAAGACCAAGAGCGUUCUCGCCACACCGAUCAUGAACGGUAAAGACAUGGUGGCCAUCAUGAUGGCCGUCAACAAGUUGGACGGGCCGUGCUUCACCGCCAAGGACGAGGAGACCCUAAAAAAGUACCUGAACUUUGCAAACCUGGUCCUGAGAGUUUUCCAUCUGAAUUACCUGCACAACUGUGAGACCAGGAGAGGACAGGUGCUGCUGUGGUCGGCCAGCAAGGUGUUUGAGGAGCUGACGGACAUCGAGCGGCAGUUCCACAAAGCCUUGUACACAGUCCGAGCUUUCCUCAACUGUGACCGCUACUCUGUGGGUCUGCUGGACAUGACCAAGACCAAGGAGUUCUUUGAUUUGUGGCCAGUCCUGAUGGGAGAAGCUCCGCCAUAUGAUGGACCCAAAACUCCAGAUGGCAGGGAAAUCAUCUUUUACAAAAUCAUCGACUACAUCCUUCACGGCAAAGAAGACAUCAAGGUCAUACCGAAUCCUGCAGCCGAUCACUGGGCUCUGAUCAGUGGUUUACCAACCUACGUCGCCGAGAAUGGACUGAUUUGUAACAUCAUGAACGCAGGCGAGGAUGAAUUUUUCAGCUUCCAGAAGGAACCUCUGGAUAGCACCGGCUGGACCAUAAAGAACGUUCUGUCCAUGCCGAUCGUCAACAAGAAGGAAGAGAUCGUGGGCGUGGCCACGUUCUACAACAGGAAAGAUGGGAAACCCUUUGAUGACAUGGAUGAAACACUGAUGGAGUCUCUGACUCAGUUCCUCGGCUGGUCGGUUCUGAACACCGACACCUACGACAAGAUGAACAAGCUGGAGAACAGGAAGGACAUUUUUCAGGACAUGGUUCUGUACCACGUCAAGUGUCGCAAGGAUGAAAUCCAGAACGUUCUGAACACCAGGGAGAGAUGGGGGAAGGAGCCGGAUGAGUGUGAGGAAGAGGAGCUCCAGGAGAUUCUGUCUGAGGUUCUGCCGAACUCCAAGAAAGCCGAGAUCUUUGAGUUUCACUUCUACGACUUUCACCACACUGAGCUGGAGCUGGUCAAGUGUGGGAUCAAGAUGUACUAUGAGUUGAAAGUGGUAGACAAGUUCCACAUCCCCAGAGAGGCCCUGGUGAGGUUCGUUUAUUCCCUGAGUAAAGGCUAUAGGAAGAUCACGUAUCACAACUGGCGCCACGGAUUCAACGUGGGACAGACGAUGUUCACGCUGCUGAUGACAGGUGAUUUAAAGCGUUACUACACAGACCUGGAGUGCAUGGCCAUGGUGACUGCCGGCCUCUGCCACGAUAUCGACCACAGAGGAACCAACAACCUCUACCAGAUGAAGUCUGGUAAUCCUCUGGCCAAACUUCAUGGCUCCUCCAUCUUGGAAAGACACCAUCUGGAGUUUGGGAAGACUCUGCUGAGAGAUGAGUCGCUGAACAUUUACCAGAACCUGAACCGUCGCCAGCACGACACCGUGAUCCACCUCAUGGACAUCGCCAUCAUCGCCACUGACCUGGCUCUCUACUUCAAGAAGAGGACGAUGUUCCAGAAGAUUGUGGAUCAGUCCAAGACCUACGAGAACUGGAACGACUGGACCAAGUACAUGAUGCUGGAGACCACGAGGAAAGAGAUUGUCAUGGCGAUGAUGAUGACGGCCUGUGACCUUUCUGCAAUCGCCAAACCGUGGGAGAUUCAGAGCAAGGUGGCGCUGUCUGUGGCUGCAGAGUUCUGGGAGCAGGGAGAUCUGGAGAGGACGGUCCUGGAGCAGCAGCCCAUUCCAAUGAUGGACAGAAAUAAAGCCGACGAACUGCCGAAGCUUCAGUGCGGUUUCAUCGACUUUGUCUGCGCGUUUGUCUACAAGGAGUUCAGUCGUUUCCACGUGGAGAUCACGCCCAUGCUGGACCGUCUGCUGAACAACAGGAAGGAGUGGAACGCUCUGAAGGAGGAGUACGAGGCCAAGAUGGCCGUCCUCAAUGCAGCCAAGCAGGCCAAAGAGGAAGAAGCUCAGAAAGCUGUGGCGGCCAAACAAGCAGCGAGUGCUGCUCAGUCACAGUCAAAGACGUGUGUUCUCAGUUAGAAAACGCUUCACUAGAACUUCUUUGCUUGCUACUUCUGGAGUUUACAGAUUUCAUUUGUCUCCUAAAGCUGAACCUGCUGCUUCCUGUUCCUGCUUUCAUGCUUUCUUGCAACUACUAACAUAUUCACUCACACAUUUGUAGUCCGAACUCGGAAUUUCCAAGGUCACAUUCCAUAAACUUGGAUUUCCAACUCGGAGCAACCUCGCCAACCCUAAGAGGGCUGCAACCUCAGUACUGAUCCUUUUACCCUUAAUAGCACUUUCUGUCGUAUACAGAGUACAACCUUCAUAUAACCUUUAAAGAACGUUCUCUUUUGGUUCCCAGAACUUACCCCUAUCGUUACUUUAUCACAGCCUUCAUAUAACCUUUAAAGAACGUUCUAUUUUGGUUCCCAGAACAUUCCCCCUAACGUUACUUUGUCACAACCUUCAUACGACCUUUGAAGAAUGUUCUCUUUUGGUUCCCAGAACGUUCCCCUAUCGUUACUUUAUCACAGCCUUCCUCCGACCUUUGAAGAACGUUCUCUUUUGGUUCCCAGAACAUUCCCCUAUCGUUACUUCAUCACAGCCUUCCUACGACCUUUAAAGAACGUUCUAUUUUGGUUCCCAGAACGUUCCCCUAUUGUUACUUUAUCACGACCUUCAUACAAUCUUUGAAGAACAUUCUUUUUCGGUUCCCAGAAUGUUCCCCUAUCAUUAAUUUGUCACAACUUUCAUAUAACCUUUAAAGAACGUUCUCUUUUGGUUCCCAGAACAUUCCCCCUAACGUUACUUUGUCACA